AUGUACUUCAAUACCAACAUCUUGCUCUUGGGUUUCUUCGCCAUUACUGGGAUUCUGUUCUCUGGGAACAACAACAACAUGGUUGUUGGCGACGAUUGCCAAGGUGACAUGCAGGGAUUGGUAGCUCAAUGUGCUAUGUACGUUCAGAAGAGUUUGCCAAAGAUGAACCCAUCUCAACAAUGCUGUAGUGUUAUCCAGAAGGCGGACAUGCCAUACGUGUGCCAGCACGUAACCAAGGAUGUUGAGAAGAUAAUUGACAUGGAGAAAGUGAUCUUUGUAGCACAGUACUGUGGCAGGCCAGUGGCCCCUGGGACCACCUGUGGAAGUUACACUGUUCCAUCACCACCACCAAUAGCAUGA